AUGGCGGAUUCUGUAAAGGAUUUCAUAGCAGGGACAUUUGGGGGAUGGGCUCAAGUGUUUGCCGGACAUCCAUUUGAUACCCUGAAGGUGCGUUUGCAAACGCAAGGAGAUCCGCCCAAGUAUCGAAAUGCUAUGGAUUGUCUGUCGAAAUCAAUCAAGGAAGAGGGUUUUCAGGCAUUGUAUAAGGGGGCUACAAGUCCACUGCUGGGUGUUGGUGUUGCGAAUGCUGUCUUGUUUACAGUUCACGGCUUCAAUUUGAGGACACUGGGUGGUGGCCAGUCAUCAGAUGAAAUGUCUAUAGCACAACACUUUGGGGCUGGCGCAUUAUCAGGAAUCGCAAUUGCAUUCGUCAACUGUCCUGUCGAUCUCCUGAAAAUUAGAUUACAAACGCAGUAUACAGUUAAAAAGAGAUUGAAAGAUGGUGUUGCUCCUCCGACCACCGCGUCAGGCAUCAUCGACAAACCACGAUACACAGGCGUGUUUGAUGCUGCUACAAAGAUAACGAAAGCAGAUGGUAUUCGAGGGUUAUAUAGAGGACUUGGGAUAUGUAUAGUUAGAGAGAUACCCAGUUUUGCAGGAUAUUUUGGGAUUUAUGAGUUGUCGAAACGAUUGUUAGCUGGAUCGAAUCCACAAGAGCCCCUUGCUGCGUGGCAAUUACUUUUGGCUGGUGGGUUUGCCGGUAUUGCUGCAUGGCUGCCGUGUUAUCCACAGGAUGUGUUAAAGUCCAGGAUACAAUCUGAUACCCGUAAUGCACCGAUUAUGGAGUAUGUUCGUGAAAUCAUCAAGUCAGGGAAGGGAAGCUAUCGUGGAUUCUUUAGAGGGUUUGGCCCAACUAUGGUUCGAGCUUUUCCUGCGAACGCCGCAACCUUUUUAACUUAUGAACUUGCAAUCAAGGCAAUGCAAGGAACAGAACCUCAAAAGGGAGCACCACGUGCCGCCCUUACAGCUUUUUAA